AUGGCAACAAGUAAACUUAGUUUCGGGCUUCUAGCCCUCCUGGUUUUAACUACCAAUGCCCAAGAUUUCCGUAACAGAAGAUUUGCGAGUUCAUCAAGCAGCUCAUCAUCCAGUUCGAGUAGUGGUUUAAGGGAUGGUCAAACUUAUACCAAAACCGACACCAAGACGACCGGUCUCGGCAGAGCAGACGCUGAUGCUGGGGCGAUCAAUAAUGAUGGAAUAUAUUUUAACGACGGUAAUCAAGGUUUACACCAAGAGGGAUUUCAUGGCGGUGCAGGAGGUUUAGAUCACGGUUUUGGAGGAGGCGGCGGCGCUGGUGGCGCAGGACAUCAAUACAAUAAUGGAGGUGGUUAUUAUGGAGGUGGAGGACAUGGCGGACUUGGAGGUAAUAAUAAUAAUAAUGGUGGUGGUAUUGGAGGUGCUAAUGCUAAUGCUAAUGCCAAUGCCAAUGCUAAUGCAAAUGCUGCAGCAUCUGGUAUAGCUGGUGGUGCUGGUGGUACUGGUGGAUAUCAUGGAAAUGGUGGACUAGGUGGUUUUGGAAGUGGAAAUAACGGAUACACUGGAGGACAUGGAGGACACGGAGGAUAUUAUGGAUCUGGUGGGGGACAUAAAGUUCCAAUUUAUUCACAGGGUGGUACCAUACCAACCAAUGGAUAUACCGGAGCAAGUUCUGGAGCAUCAGCAACAGCAGGCGCUAGUUCUCAAACUAAUGGUGGCGGAUUUAGAGGCCCAGGAAUAGGAGGAAAUUACGACCAAGGUGGUUAUAAUGAAGGUGGUUCUCAUACUGGUGGUGGUUUUGAGCAUGAUACUGGCUUUGGAGGAUUAGGAACAAAUGUUCUGGGCACUGGUAAUGGUGACCAUGGAUUAGAUGUAGGAUUUGGUGUUGGAGGAGGAGGUCACGGGGGUAUUGGAGUAGGUUUUACUCCUGAUUUAGGUUUCGGUGUUGUUGGUGGAGGUCAUAAAGGUCACGGUGGAGUAAGUGGUUCUGCUGAAGGUCACAGUUCUGCUGGUGGACAUGGUAAUAGUGGAGGAUUUGGUCUCACUGACGGCGGCCAUACUGGCUCUACCGGAGGUUAUGGAGGUGGUGGAGGAAGCUAUGGAAUUGGUGGUGGUCAUGGAGCAGGUAGUUCUCCUGGUGGACAUGGUAGCAGUGGAGGAUUUGGUCAUGCAGGCUCUGGUGGAGGUACAUUUGGAACUGGUAGUGGUUCUGCUGAAGGUCAUAGUUCUCCUGGAGGUCAUGGUAGUUCAGGAGGAUUCGGUAUCUCUGACGUAACAUCAGCGAUAGUUAAAUAA